GCUGGUACGUCACCAAACCACAUGCACAGCGUCGUUUUCAUAGCUAUACAGCGGUGUUAAGUCUAAUGUACUUUACGGAACCCAUGUUCUUAAGAUGCCAGCUUGUCAAGCAUUAAAUUGCAGGAAUAAGCAAGGACAGUGCAAGAAAAGUUUUUUCGUGAUACCAAAUCCCGCGAAAGAUGAUGCAUCCAAACAAAGAUGCAAACAAUGGCUAACUAAUCUGAGAAGUAGAAAGCUGCGAUUUGAAAAUUACGUGUUCAAUGCAAGAAAGCUCGUCUGCGAAGAUCAUUUCACACCCGACUGCUUUGAUAGAAAUCCAGUGGCAGAGUCUUUGAAUUUUUUACCUCGUUGUAAAAAGUUGAAACCAGAUGCGGUACUACCUUGAUUGAUACAGCAACGAAUAAGAUGAAAACUGAAGGUUCUGUGAAAAAUGUCAGAGUUAAACUUAGCAAUAAUAAAUUGAAAUUGAAGAAAAACAGGGCCAAGACAAAAGAUGACUUACUUGCUCGUAGAAGAGGCAUCGGCAAGCCUCGCGCAUCAGCCACUGUUACCAUGGUUACAAAACACAGUCAUCCAGAAUGCAACUCAACAAACCAGUUAGAACAUGGCAGGGAGGACAUGAGCUUUAUCUCUCAGAAUAACCCUGUAUCCACAUCUGUUACUGUCAAGGAGAAAGUGGAAUGUGAUGAAAUGGUUGCAUGCAGGGUAUGUGGUCAUCCAUGCAGCGUCUGUCUGAAAAGUGAAUAUCCCAAGCCCUCACAAUUUCCACCGGAUCAUUAUGGUUACUGCAGAAAAACUAGAACAAUUGGGACAAUGACAGAGGCUACAGACAAUGGUAUCAUGGAGCAUGGAGACAUUGUUGUAACUUCAGUGAAGAAGAUCUCCCACACCCUACACAAAGAAGUAAGAUCCAACAUUAAUGAAAGUCAUGGAAAAAGAAACCCAGUUAAUGGCAAUGAGAAACAUUUGUUUGAUUCUCAUGAUGAUGAUGCCAAUGAAAAUGAUGAUGAUAAUGAUGAAGUAUCCUCACUCUUACAAAUCAAAAAGUUUAUUGUCUUUGAAAGUUGCAUAGAUGAUAUUCUGAAUUGUUUGACAUGCAAUAUUUGUAAAUGUCCAAUUGAACAUUCCAGUACCAUCAAAGAGUACAGGGGUUCAAUGAUAAUGGUGUCAGUAUUUUGUCCUGAUGGGCAUCUAGUUAAACAAUGGUCAUCUCAGCCACUGCGAGGUGAAAUUCCUGUUGUCGAUUUACUUGUUAGUGCAGCAAUCCCCUUUGCAGGUCAAUCAUACACACAGAUAUCUCAGUUUGCAAACUUUAUGAACCUUCAAAUUCAAAGCGAAAAAGCAUAUGAGACUGUACAGAGAGAAAUUGUACUGCCAGUGGUUGAUCAUUCUUGGAAUGUCAUGCAAGACCACAUUUUCAGGAAAAUCAAAGAUUCCAACUGUUUUCUUAGGUUGGCUGGUGACUGUAGAUAUGAUUCCUCCGACUUAAAUGCAUCAUAUUGUACAUACUCCUUAUUAGAAAUGGAAACACAAGAAAUUGUAGCAUUUGUUAACAUCAAAGUUACUGAAACAGAUAGUCUAAGUAAAAUGGAAGUUGAGGGAUUUAGGAAAUGCAUGCUAUAUUUGAUCGAAAAGGGCUUUAGAAUAGAAAUAUUAGCAACUGCUAGGCAUGAUCAGAUUGAAAGUCUUGUGACAAAAGAGUUCCCAGAAAUUGAUCACCAGUUUGAUGUUUGGCAUCUUGAAAAAUGGGUAAGGAAAGAACUAUUGCAAAAGUCUAAAACAACAGGAUGUGAAGAAUUGUCGGCAUAUAUAAAGGCAGUUUGUAAUCAUUUGUGGUGGUGUGUGGCUAACUGUCAGGGAGACAAGCAAUGGCUCAAGGAGAGCUGGGUCUCUAUAUUGCAUCAUGUUCUAAAUGAACACAGCUUUGAGGGUGAAAUUGUUACAUGUGCAGGCUGUUCUCACGAGAACUUAAGUCCAAAAGAAGCUAGGGAGAAAAAGUGGCUUAAAAGGGGAUCUAAAGCUCACAAUGCCCUGAAGGAGGUAGUUCAAGACAAAAGUUUGCUGAAAGAUAUCGGUAAUCUCAGUGAAUAUUGUAACAUCAGCAAUCUGGAUGUGUACCACAGGGUUCUCACAAAAUAUGUCCCAAAAAGGCAGGACUUUGACUUGGAUCAUAUGAACUGUAGAACAGCAAUAGCAAUCAUUGAUCAUAAUAUGUCUCAAAACAGAGAUAAAAAAGUGGAUAUGCAUGGAAUUGGAGUCUACAAAACAGAGUUUUCUAAAGUUGUGCCAAACAUGGAGGCAAAACCGGUAACUAAUUCAAAGCUAUAUAAAUGGGUAGCUGUUUUGAUGAAACUCUGCCUUUUGCAGAGUCAAACAAUGGCAAUUCCUAUUGAGACUGUUACCGCAAGGUCAAAAGGAAAUAUCGCAACGGUACAACCUCAAAAAAAGGCUGACAUUGUAUCCAAACUGAGGUCAAGAUUCAAGGUAGUUUAUGACCAAAUGCCGUAAGAGUUUGACACCCGGCAUAUCAAUUAGUGAAGCAGCAAUGCAUGUACCUGUACUUGCACUCUUCAUUUUAUUGUAGAAAUACUUUAUUUGUUAUUCAAGGAUAAUCAAAUUAUGAAUAUAUAUUUAUAUAUAUACACUUUCCAAUUUGCUAUGGAAAACGUUGUCAUUUCUCCAGACAUCAAAUAAUAACAAUUUGCAUUAACGUUUUCUGUCCUUUUAUGAACUUACCAUCAAUCAAACUGACUAUACUGGAUACAGUAUGUGUGCAGAAAAAAUUCAAACUUAAUUUAAAAUCACAUGGUAUUAAAGUUACCAAAAAUAGUACAUUGUUUUAGUCUGAUGUAAUUUAUGGACUUGUUUUAAUAAUUUCAGGGCUAAUGAAUGUAAACUUUUCAAAUAUAUUCUGGAAAUAUAUAUACCCUGGUAUUGCUAUAUAUAAAUACUGUUACAUGUAUUUAUAAAUUGUAACAUUGAUUUUGUAUCCUUAAUUAGCUGUUUAUAUAAUUCAGUUUUAAUGUCCUGAAUUGCUCUCUUUUGUACAUUUUGUAUAUUUGAAUAAAUAAAAUGCAGUAGCAAGAACAUUUA